AUGUCUUGCCACAACUUCUGCUCUGACACCUGCAGCUCAGGCUCCCUCCGCAAUUCCUGCCAUCUUCCUCUCGCCCCCUCCAUCGCCGUCUGCUCUACACACAUGAACUACGGUCAGGUCUUCUGCUUACCAGGUCGCUGUCAAGACCAUACCUGCCUGGCGGACAACUGCCAAGAGAGCUGCAGAGAGCCCGCCGGCUGCCAACCGGAGAGCCAGGAGUCCAACAACAACUUCGAAACGUCCUGCUACCCUUCCACUGCCUACUACGUGCCCAGACCCUGCCAGGGAGGUGGCUUCCUUCCAGCUUCUUCUUUCAUCUCUUCUUCCUGUCUCCCAGUCUCCUAUAGACCCCUGAGCUAUGUGUCCAGCAGCUGUCGCCCAGUGGGCCCCCUGUUCAACACUUGUCAGCCGGGGGGCUGUGUGUCCAGUGGCUGCCACCCCUUUACCUGUUUGCCCAACAGCUACCGACCUCAGGGCCUCUUGACUUCAGGAUGUCGCCCCUUGGGGUGCGUGACAUUCGGGCCUCAAACGGUGCAUGUGGUACCCAGCAGCCUCAGACCCCAGCACCCUCUCUCCAGCGGAGGCCAGCCUCUCACCCCUGUGUGCAUCACCUGCCGUCCAUCUUGCCAGUAA